AUGCAAACUGCUACAAAAGGCGUGACUUUAAGGAAGAAAAUUUUCCAGAACGAAAUUCUGGAAAUACGUGGGUCCUACGUUCCUGCAACUGCAGAACUAGAAUACCUUCAAAUCGCUAGACGCCUGGAAUUAUACGGCAUCCAUCCUGAAGGCGUAACGGAUCGAAAUCGGACAAAGCUAAAUAUCGGAGUGUCUUUCCAGGGCAUAAGUGUUCUACUUGAGAUGAAACGAAUCUACCUCUACACUUGGGACAAUGUUGAGAAAAUAGUUUUCUCUGGAAAAACCUUCUCAGUCAGUCUUAAACAUCGACCCGUGAGUUUCAGUAUUUCAGAAAUAAUUUCUUCCCCAUAUUAA